UUACAAUCACAGUGGAGGUAUUUCUGGCAGGGUUGGUAGCGAACAAGCAGGUGAAGAAUCAUCGGAAAGCGAUGGUGAAGCUGAACCGGACAAAUCGUUUCGGCGCAGAUUAUCAACGAGUGGUGAGAUCAAGCGUGCUGCGGCGACCAAGGAAGGCUUCCUGAUGAAGGAAACAUGGUCGUUCCAGCGCUGGAGACGUCGUUACUUCAGAGUCAGGAAGGACAACCGCUACCACGGAAAGGGCACCAAGGCUGUGACCUUUGACGACACCGACCUCAGUGACGUCAGCUUCCCAGAGUGCAACGUCAAGACCACGAACCACAGCUUCCAGGUGAUCGCCCCACCCCGACGACCGGUCCCGUGUGCAGGGGCUCGACGUGAGAUGGAAGACUGGACCUCUGCGCUGAAGGAUGCCGGCAGUAAGGAGAAUUGUGAGGCUGGUGACCCUCGUGACUUCCUGUCAGGGCAUCACUGCUGGUAUGCCACAUCACAUGCUCGACCCACAUACUGCAAUGUGUGCAGGGAGGUGCUCUCAGGUGUGAUGUCUCAUGGACUGAGUUGUGAGGUGUGCAAGUAUAAGGUACACAAACGAUGUGAACCCAAGGCCAUCAACAACUGCAAAUGGACCACCCUUGCCAGUGUCGGCAAGGAAAUCAUCGAGGACAAGGACGGGAACAUCACAAUGCCCCACCAAUGGAUGGAGGGGAACCUGCCUGUAUAUGCCAAAUGCUCUGUCUGUGAUAAAACCUGUGGUUCAGUGUUGAGACUGCAGGACUGGCGGUGUCUGUGGUGCAGAACUACAGUGCACACUGCUUGUCGUCCGCUUCACCCAAUCUACUGUCCGCUGGGUCCCUGCAGAGUUAGUGUCGUGCCUCCUAUUGCCCUGCACAGUAUUGGCAGUGAUGAAGCUUGGGAAGCAGUGAGGCCACCUGACUGUUCCCCGUUGCUCGUGUUUGUCAACUCCAAGUCCGGAGACAACCAGGGGGUCAAGUUUCUGCGACGCUUCAAGCAAUACUUGAACCCGGCUCAAGUGUUUGACCUCAUUAACAAUGGCCCAGGUUUUGGUUUGCGUCUUUUCCGGCACUUCGAUCCGUUCCGCAUCUUGGUGUGCAGUGGGGAUGGUUCUGUGGGGUGGGUCCUGUCUGAAAUAGACUACCUCAACAUGCAUAAGCAGUGUCAGGUGGGCGUGCUGCCGUUGGGAACAGGCAAUGAUUUGGCUCGAGUUCUGGGCUGGGGCAGCUCCUGUGACGAUGACACUCAUAUUCCGCAGCUCCUAGAGAAAUAUGAAAAGGCAUCUACCAAAAUGCUGGACAGAUGGAGUAUCAUGGUUUUUGAGAAAAGCAUUACGAUUCCAACCCGCAAGCUGUCGCAGACAGACCCAGCACUUACUAUUGCAGCAUACGAGGAUUCAAUGGUCUCGCUUCUUGCCAAGAUUUUGCAGUCUGAUGAAUAUUCUGUUGUCAUCUCAGCUGCCAAAAUUCUGUUUGAGACGGUAAAGGACUUCAUCAUACGGGCGACAGAAGUGAGCCUGGGUCAGGGGGACCAACAGUUUGGAGACAAGUGCCAGAUGCUGAAGGAGAAGUUGGAUUGCCUUCUGCAGACGCUGCAGCACGAGGAGGAUGGAGCCGGAUUGUUGCGACAGGAGGAGCUACAGAAUGUGGUGGAAGCUGAUGUGCUGCAGGAAGGGGCAGAGAAAAGUGUACUCGAGAAGUCAGAGAAGGACCUGACAAACAUCCAUGAGUCGAGGAAGUCAGAGUUUGUACAGCAGGAGGCCCUCAUGAGUCGGGCCAACAGUCUCAAGAAAGCAAUCCGACAGUUGGUGGAGCACACGGAGCAGGCCGUGGAUGAGCAGAACAAGACACGUGCUGGUCCCAGCUUCCUGAUCACGCCACCAGCCCCUGACCAGCAGCAGCGUCAGGCCAGUAAAACGCUUGACAUUCCGGGCCUCUCUCGACCCAUCAGCACACUCAAGGUAUUACCAACUGUUGAAUCUUUAUCCAGCACAGAAGCUAGUCCCUGCUUGUCCCCACUCAUGCUUUCACACUCCCCAUCUCCCGACCUCACAUCUUACUCAAACUUCCUCACAGCCAUCUCACCACUGCCAGACCUGCGUCGUGACUCAGGCUGCAGCGAGGACCUCUUCACCCUACCUGUUCCUGUUGAGUUUGCAGAUGAGGAGGCUAGGCGUCGCAGUCUCAUCCCCCCUGAGGAUGGCGACAGCCAUUUUCCCAGUUUCACUCCCUCACAUACAGAAGUGCAGGCUCUUGUAUUGACAUCUUCUAAACCUCUACAACAUUUCCUCUCACUUCCCAUUGAUGCGAUCCCCGAUGUGAAAGACGAGGCAAAGAGGUCACUACCAUCUAAAGAAGAGAAGGAUAAGGGGAACCGCCUUGCUGCUGGAGAAAGCGUUCAUAAGACUUUUGAUGAACAGUUACAGUUAGCUGUAAGCCAGUUACAUGAAAACUUGAGUAUCAGUGUUAGUGAUAGUGGACCAACAGCUCUCUCUUCACCACAAGAUGUUCAGGGCAAAGCCCCCACAAUGGACUUAUUAGUCAUUUCAGACAUCCAUGAAACAAGAAGAUCUUCGACCGUUAGUUUGAAGGAUAUGGAGAAAGAUAUGUGCCACAUAGACUCUCCUGAAGCAAUGGAACCGGAAGAUGAGGAUGAAGACGCAGCAGUCCCAGGGUUACACUUGAUCAAUCCGAACGACGAAGGGGCUACAGAUCUGCAAACUGAACUUGCCACGGCAGGAUUUGUGGAUAUCAGUGGGACACUUAUCACACCUUCUUCUACAGAAGAUGAUCAGGACGUUAUUUCUCCUCUGUCACCGAAGGAGAAAUCUGAUUCGGAAUGGGAGGAGGAUAGGGAGUGGAAAAAAGUUGUGAAAAGUUGCAGCUUUGCUCAUUUUGAGGCAUUCUACAAGCAAAUAAGAUCUGCAGAUGGAAGAAAGGAAAAAAGUGCAGUGAACAAAUUUGUGUCAUUUCAACACAGUGAUGUCGUAACAGAACCCAGCGAGUAUCUGGAUGCUGUUAAAAUCCAGAUUCAGGGAUCGAACAAUAACCUGAGUGCUGAGGCAGUGCCCAUAUCUCGUUCUGCCCUGGCGUCACACAGACCAAGCCUCGCGGCCUCUGAGGCAGAUGACGAGGAGUUAUUCCAGUAUCACAUACAGGCAAAGCAAAGGCAGGCGUUGGCUGCAAGGCAACCCAAAAUACCAAUGGAACCAUUCCCUCCUAUGAUCAGCGUGAUUGUGAACCCACCAUCACCUGUGAUGUCAGACGAUGGUGACGAGAUGUUACAAAGAUUCACCGAGGACAACAUGUGUAAAUUAUCAGUGACAUCCCCAACUUCAGGAUUGGACUGUUCCUCCGCUCCUCCUCGGCGUAUUUCAAGCGCAUCUCUACUGAAGGCCCCAGAUGCUGGGAUAGCGACUGGUACCUCAGUUGCUUUAGGCCGGAACAGGUCAUGUAGCCUUGGGAAGGACAACCGCUUUGAGGUCAGGGCCCCAACCAAGAGACUGCCUAUCAUCAACCCUCUCGUCCGGUUGCCGAUGUGGCCAAAUGUUAGUAGAGGUGUCGGUCUCGUAAGCAAGGUGCUUCUUGCCAAUGCUGGUGCACUCUGUGCUUCUGCCUCGCCUCUGAUGGAUCCUGAGGAUACGUUGCUUGAAGGAUACUAUGAAAGUGCAGUGAUGAACAACUAUUUUGGAAUUGGUAUUGACGCGAAGAUCUCGCUCGACUUCCACCAAAAGCGAGAGGAACAUCCUGAGAAGUGCCGCUCCCGAGCCAAGAACUACAUGUGGUAUGGUGUGUUGGGGAGCAAAGAAUGGCUGCAGAAAACCUGCAAGAACCUAGAGCAGAAAAUACAGUUGGAAUGUGAUGGACAACAAAUCCCUUUGCCGUCUCUUCAGGGCAUUGUCAUUUUGAACAUUCCAAGUUUUAUGGGUGGGACCAAUUUCUGGGGUGGUACCAAGGAGGACGACUGUUUCCUCGCACCAAGUUUCGAUGACCGUAUUCUUGAAGUAGUGGCUGUGUUUGGCUCUGUACAGAUGGCAGCAUCUCGCCUCAUCAACCUGCAGCACCACCGCAUCGCCCAGUGCCAAACUGUUCAAAUUACGAUUCUUGGAGAAGAGGGUGUUCCAGUCCAGGUAGAUGGGGAAGCAUGGAUACAAUUGCCAGGUGCGAUCCGCAUCAUCCACAAGAACCGCAUGCAGAUGUUGUGCCGCAACAGAGACCUGGAGAUGUCACUACGUGCAUGGAAGGAAAAACAGCGCCACCAACAGUCAGUGUCGCACUCGCAGAGCGGUGUGGAGGGCAAGCUUCAGCUGUCACCGUUCAGUAAGGAAGAGAAACAGCUUCUGCUCAACUUCAUUGAGGCUGUUACCAUGCUUCUCGAGUAUUUGAAGAUGGUGACCAAAAGACAUCACAUUAUUGCAGUGGAGCUGUGCAAGCUGGCAGCAGAGACUGCCGUUCACAUUGAGAAGCUACAUCCAGGCAGCAAAAUUGUUGAGGGGCCAAAUCUGCGAUCACAAGUGACAGAGAUGGUGUCCAGCGUACGGCGGCUGUAUGAUGAGACGUGCAGGUUUUUGCGUGAGAAAGGCCACAACCUCAGGCUGAAAGCAGACCUGGAAUGCGAACUGUGCACAACACUAUGCGACUUAGAAAUGGAAUUGCACAAGUGCGUGACAUAUGACAGUGCAGGCUUUGUGCACUUUCAAAAACACACGUCAGACGAACAGGUGUACAGUGAAAGGAAGGGCCGUGCUCGCGGGCCUUUCUGGCUUAAGUUUCGACGACGUGGCAGUGGAGGUGGCAGCAGAACUGCGCGUGAUGUAGCCACAUGGGGCGUUGCUGAGGUGGCAGCGUGGCUGGAAACGCUGCAACUGUCCGAGUAUGCUGAAAGCUUCACGCGCCAUGACAUUCGUGGACGCGAACUCUUGACUUUGGGACGUCGUGACCUCAAGGAACUUGGUGUCACCAAGGUUGGGCAUGUGAAAAGGAUAUUACAGGCUGUCAGAGACCUCACCAUGUGAUCCAAGAGUGUGUAAGUGAGCGCAUCAACUCUCACUUACACUGACCAACCACACGAAGGAACCAGGCUCUGGUUCAUAUUAGAAAAUGGGUGAAUUAUUACUGGUAACAUGGGGCUAUAACAGUGGAGUGUAGUUGAUGUGAAGUCAAAACAAAGAAUAACUAUGAACUCUAAUUUUCAGGUACACGUUGUUGUAUCUACCAUACUUUAACGCAGCCCAGUCUUUCAUUAUUAUUUUUUUGGUAACAUUUUCACUUGUUCAGUUUGUGUACAUUUGUACAGAACAUUUUUAGUGUGAGAACUAUUUUAUGGCAAACACCCAUAGCAUAAGCGAGCGUUACUGCUACAUCAGCAGCUGAAGCUACCUGAGAAUUGAGGUUCAUGUAGCAGUGAAUAUGUCAGUACGUGGUGUUGUGGGUUUUUACUCCAUGCAGACUUGUAGGUUGGUACUAGUGUUUCAGAGGACUUGGCCCCGAAGUUGGAGUCAGUAUGUUCCUGUUUUGGUACUCACAAGUAUACGUUGAAUCACAACCUAGAAGACUGCAGUCUACAGGUGAAUCUACAAGCAGUGUGGAGUUUCAUAGAUCGGACCAGGUAUUAUUUGAAGUAGGAGAUACCCGCCAUGCCGUAACUUAGAUGGUUAGAUGACUUGUGUUUCUCGGACAAGUACUACCUGUCAUCGCUACUCAUUUAGCUCUGCUGCUGAUGUUUGUGGCAGGCCUGACCAGCUAGUACAUUAUCACAAAUGACACUUUGCUAGAUCCACAUUAAGGAGGCGUAACACCCGCUUGCAGGAGAGAGGUACUGGUCAGGAAUGUGACAGAGAAACAAAGGUGGUUCGGUAAUUUGUUUCCGCCACCUUCUAUAAAGACCGGACAGUUCCAGUAAUAAUGUACCUGUGUUAGCAUCAGAGUGAGGUGUUGCUUAUGGUCUGUCGAACAGUAUUACGGUUUGUUAUUUUAAUCAACGGAAAGCAAUAUUUUGGACAUCUAAAAUAACGCAUUGUUAGUACAACUGUGAGAACACAUCUGUGGCAAUUUGGUCUUCGGUCUUUUUCCUGUGCCUUGAGUUUGUUUGUAAUGUGUUUGGCACAUUUUAGAAAUGUGUUUCCAGUUGUACUCAUUUGGAGUUGACAAGUUGUGAUUUGGCGUUUAUACAAAAGGUUAUCCGUGGAAAAUUGUUGUAUCAGUCCUAGUCAGGACAGAAUGUCUCAUUGUAUUGAAUUCAAAGGACCACAAAUGACGAAGUUUGAAAAAUUUGUAUAAUGAGGCAGUGUACCACUGUAUGAAUGAUGCUACGGAGGGAGGAAGGGAAGCCAACAUUACUGUGUGCAUCACAGAGCUGUGUACUUAGGCAAUCAAGAUGCUGUCUGUCAUCAAGUUCCUUUAAGAUAUAGGUUAAGGAAUUUUUAUCAUUGUGGGGACCAAAUUAUUAUGUGGAUGAGGGCUGAUGUUUCUUGUUUGUAUUGUUCAAAGUUGGCAGCUCUUCCUUGAAGGAACAUACAAACUUUAGUCAGCAAGUGUCUCGAAUGUGAUUAACGAAGCCAUCAACACUUGGGGCCUACUAUCAACUGUAAAUUCCCGAUAUUUGUUGUUGUUUCUCCCGUUGUCGUACUCUUGCGAAGCAAUACUUCCUGAUCCACUUUCUGACAGCCACACUCGGCCUUAAGCUGUUGAACCUGUAUUCCUGUUGUUAUAUCUUUAAAGGGAAGCUGUUUUUUACUAGUUUUGUGUGUUAGCACAACUUUUCUAACCUGUUGCACUGUUACAAGUUGUCUUCUGCCAUGCAUAUGCAAGGCAUUUGUUGUUCAUAACCCAUGCACCAAUCCAUACCUUGUUAUCACCUCACAAUUGUGCAGUACUUUUUGUCAUAGUAUUUUAUUUGUGCUGUGAGGACAGUAAACAUAUUCUUUAAUUCAUGUACAACAAACUUCGGAGACUGCCUUAUAAUUUACAAAUUUCAUAUGCGUCAGUUUGUAAAUUGUAUUUAAAAUUUUCAAAUGGUAGUCUAAAAAAGGAUCACGUGGAAAUCUGUGGACUUUAGAUGUUUCAUGUCUGCUUGCCCAGCCACAGAGUUGUAAUUACGUAAUGUGUUUAGAUGCGCUUCAAUAACAUGGCUGUUUGCAUCUAACCACAAAGUUAUCAUUCUUUUUAAUUUUAUUCAAGCUUGACCAGAAAAAGACAAUUCAAAUAAAUAAGUAUGUAUACUUUUUUUCCCCCGAAAGAAAUGUACUACAUCAUUGUGGCCCAAAGGGCUUCAUUUUUGUGCCAAAUUUUAUUAAACCCAGUCAUCUGUUACGGGAUGAUGAGUUACAAAACAUU